AUGCGCCGAGUAUUGAGUAACCAGGUGUUUUCCCUUACCAGCUCCUCAGGUGCGCUCGCGCCCAUCUCCUCCUGUCCAUCUCCGCUGCUCGCUUCCGCUCGGACCGCCUGCCUGGCGCAGGAGGUCGGGAGCGCGCGCCUGGGCACCGGGGAGAAAUGCCACUUCUGGCGCGUGGUGCCGCUGCUAGGACUCACUGUCCGGCGCAAGGCAACCAGCCAAGCGACGGCGGCCGUCUCGAUGGAUCUCACAAGGGAGGAGCUGGCGGCCAAGCUUCAGGACUUGCGCCGCACGGCAGCCGCGGACCUGGAGAAGGAGCCCCCUGGCCACACCUGGCUGCCCGAGGGCUGCGACGACGCGCCUCCGGAGAUCCUGGCCAAGCUGGUGCAGAUGACCGCCGGCGCGGGCAUGUUCCCUGAAAACGAGGAGGUGGACCGCCUCUGGAUCCAGAUGGAUGCCGCGGCGCGCAUUCCGGGAGGCAAGAAGGAGUCUGUCCCUAGCUGGAGCCACGAGCGCUUGCGAGCAGAGGGCAGAGAUGCGGCCGAGUUUCUCAAGAGGUGCGAAGCUGUACAGGAGGCCAUAGCAAGGGGGCUAUGGACCGAGCUCCCGGCGCAUGUGCAGCCUGAGCUACUGGAGGUCUACGUGACGCACCUCACCAACGACGACUACGUGGUGGGUGCCGAGAUCUUGGCAGCCUCGCUGGCCGCCACAGGCACCACGCGGCCGCUCGUGGCACUGGUCACGGCCGGUCUCAGCGCCCCGGGGCGGGCCGCGCUGCGGCGCGCAGGGUGGCUGUUGCUGGAGGUGGGCCUCGCGGGCUAUGAAGGAGUCGACACUCCUCAAGCGCGGGGCUUCUUUUCCAAGAUUUGGCUCUGGGCCUUGCCCUUCCACAAGGUUAUCUACAUCGAUACCGACAUCUUGGUUCUGCGGAAUCUGGACACCGUGUUCCAGGAGUAUGGGGACUGCGAGUUCGCGGCGGCGCCAGACUCCCAGCCCCACAUGGACGGAGAGAUGAUCUCGCAGACAGGCUUCUUGGUGCUUCGGCCAUGCCUCGAGCGCUUCUCGGAGCUUUGGGUGCUGUGCUCAGGCUCAGACAGACCCAUGAAGCUGGACGACUGGAAGCAAUUCGAGCAAGGCUUUUUCACCAUCUACUUCGAUGGAGGGGAAGAGUUGUCGGAGUACGGGGGUGGCUGCAACCUGGGCUGGCGCGAGCUACCAGCAGAGUUCAACUUUACCGUGCGCUACUGCAAGCGCCCGCUCUUCGAUGGGCUGACCCCCUUGACCGCGGCGGUGGUGCACUUUGCCUGCGCCAAGCCCUGGGAUUGGGGCCAGAAGAACUAUUCGCCGUCACCCUACGUCAAGUUGUAUUUAGAGUUUGCCAAAGCUGCAGGCGUGGUGUGGAAGACCGUGGAGUGCUCUGCGGAUAGAGCCCGUGACCGUGUCAAUGAGGAGAAGAUGCGUGAGAUUCAGGAGCGAGGUGGCCUUGGCUGA